UCGAACUCAAAAAAGAAAAAAGACUUUCACCGUCAGCUUGUUAAACCCCUCAAGAGUACAAAGCCCUCUGAAAAACCCUAAGGUUUCGCUCCAGUCAAAGAAAGAACGAAACGUAAAGAGAAAAACCCAAACAAUCAAAAUCGCCACCUCUCUCUGUUGAUUAUCUCCCACGGUUCGAGAAUAUGAAGAAGAAAGGUCCGGUUCCGAAAGGAGGAGGAAGGAAGGGUAAGAGGUUAUCACGGGACCCAUUUUUCAUAACGGAGCCGAAGAAACCGCGGAAGAUUGAGAAUGACGGUGACGUGAUAGAGAGCGGCGACUCGGACGAGGACUAUGGGUUGGUUGGUUCCGACAGGGAAGAAGGGGAAAUCGGGGUAGAGGAGUCCGAGUUGGCGGAGGAGACUGCAGGCGAGAAGAGGCAGCGCGUGGCCAGGGCUUACUUGGAUAAGGUUCGAGAGAUUGCGGCGAGAGAAGAGGAGGAUGACGAGGAAAAGGAAGGUAGGGAAGGCGAGAUGCAAGGCGAGAGGGACUCCCUCGUGGCGAGGAUUUUGCAAGAGGAGCAGCUCGAGGAGACCGGCCGUGUUCGCCGAGCCAUUGCAUCUAGGGUUCAAAAGCCAGAAAGUGCUGAUGAGUUCCGGGUCUUGGUGAAGCAUCGACAGCCUGUCACUGCAGUGGCUCUAUCUGAGGAUGACUUGAAGGGCUUUUCAGCUUCGAAGGAUGGAACCAUUUUGCAAUGGGACGUAGUUAGUGGGAUACCUGAAAGUUAUCGGUGGCCUAGCCGUGACGUACUAAGGUCCCAUGCCAAGGAUCCGCAAGGUCCAGCCACAAGGCAUUGUAAACGUGUCUUAGCACUAGCUGUUAGCUCCGAUGGUCGGUAUUUGGCAAGUGGUGGUGUAGAUCGGCAUAUUCAUCUAUGGGAUACCCGUACGCGAGAGCAUAUUAGGGCAUUUCAGGGUCACGGAGGACCUGUAUCAUGUUUAAGUUUCAGGCAAGGGACUUCAGAACUUUUCUCUGGUUCAUUUGAUCGAACAGUCAAGAUAUGGAAUGCAGAAGACAGAGCAUACAUAACUACAUUAUUUGGUCACCAAAAUGAAAUAUUAAGUAUUGAUUGCCAUCGUAAAGAACGGGUGUUGACUGUUGGCCGUGAUCGAACGAUGCAGUUGUUUAAGGUCCCUGAGGAGUCACGUUUAGUAUUUCGUGCCCCUGCAUUUUCUCUGGAAUGUUGUUGUUUCGUUAGUAAUGACGAAUUCUUAUCCGGUUCUGAUGAUGGAAGUAUUGAGCUUUGGAGCACGUUGCGAAAGAAGCCUGUUGACAUUGUGAAGAACGCUCAUGCUUUGUUGGGUGCAAACAAGAAUAUCGAACCAAAGAAUAGUGGGAAAAUCCCCAAUGGACAUAUUGAAAAUGGUGACUGUGGUUCUGAAAGUUAUAGAUGUCUAUCAGCAUAUUCCUGGGUCAAUUCAGUCACAGUGUGUAGAAGCAGUGAUCUUGCUGCAUCUGGAGCUGGUAAUGGUUCUGUUCGAUUAUGGGCUAUUGAAAGUGAGACUAAAGACAUUCGACCGUUGUUUGACCUUCCGUUGGUUGGGUUUGUAAAUUCCUUGGCCUUUGCAAAAUCUGGACAGUUCCUGGUUGCUGGAGUUGGUAAGGAACCUCGUUUGGGAAGGUGGGGGCAUAUUGAGUCUGCUCAGAAUGGAGUUGCGGUUUAUUCCCUUGAGCUUUCAUAAGACGGGCAAAUGAAUUUUGUAGCACUCCAAUUUUGAUUAAUCUGAGUAACUGAGUUUUGAUAUUAAAUGAAAAACUAUUUUUGUUGUUGGCUCCUAACUAUAUAUUUUUUUAUUACAAUUUAUUUUAC